UCUCCGCACUUUGCAGGAUGCAAGGAAAGCAUACAUCAGUUUGGGUGUUGCUGGCCGGUCUGACGUUGGGCUGCGGACCGUCCGACGUGGCUUCGGCGCCGAUCUGCGGGAACAGUCAGACUAAGUGCCGAGUCCUCUCGCUGGCUAAUCUGUUUGACAGAGUCAUUCAACACUCUGCUAGGAUGCACGGCAUCUCUAAUGACCUUCAUUCAGAGUUGGAGCAGUACUACGUGCCCACUAGGAAUCACAUCGGAAGGGUCGGCCGCAACUGUCCCACCUCCGCCCUCCUCACCCCCAACGGCAAAGAGAACGCUCAGAGAAUCGCGCGCGAAGAGCUAACCGAGGUGAUCCUGAAACUCCUGGUCGCCUGGAGGGACCCCCUUUGGCACUUUCACCGGAUAGCGUCCCACCAGAACGAGUUGGCCAACUUCAGCUCCGACAAAGCCCUCGAAAUGAGCGACAUGGUCCACGAGCUACGCAAAGGCGUGGAGAAAGUGGCGGAGAAGAUGCAGUCGCUGGGGAUGAUAAGCAACUCCAUCAGCAGCCUGUCAGCCCUGGAGGAUCUACUGCCUUCGGAAAGCGGCGCGUGGCGCCUGAUGAAAGACCACGAACUCCUUUACUGCUUUCGCCGUGACUCGGACAAAAUCCAGAACUACCUGAAGAUCCUCAAGUGUCGCAUCGUGCCCGAGCACGGCUGCUGAAGGUGGAAAAUAAAAGAACGGCGGCGCGUCAGUUCCGAACUACACCCUUUUUUUCGAAUGGGAUGUGUAGGAAGCAAUAGUGAAAACCCAAAGACUGUGACAACCUUCAUUCCAAGUAUGAUAAAGCACAGAUAUGUAUGAGUGUACCAGUACAAUGCCUAUCAUUUACCUGUAAUGCAAUA